CCAAUAAUCCAAUCACUCAUUCCUCCCUCUCCCUCCCUCUCUCAAUCGCGAUGCAAGCCGCGUUAUUUUGGGGGUCCGUAGGCAAGAACAGGGAACGCACGGCACGCUCCACUCCAGGAAGCCACAAAAAAAAAAAGACACCCACGCUCAGGCGAAUGCGAUGGCAUUGCGCAGCCAUGGAACGGCCGAUCACCAGAGCCAUUGGAUACCUACCACCCCUCGAUGCGUCUCAUCAAGGACUUGGACGGAGGACCAGGACGUCCAUCGAUCGCUGGCAAUGCAUGCCGCAUGCGACACACGACGACACGAGACGGAACUUGCCAAAUGCUCCCAGCACCACGCCCGAAAAUCAGGUGGGUACCCUGCUAGCGCGGCCUAGCGUCCUGACGCGGGGACCGGCCGGCCCACGCCUCAGCCGAGGCUCGGCACGGCAGUCGGCGGAACUGCACUGCACACGCUCCCAGGCAGCGCCGCCGCAGCUGCAGCUCGUCGGCACAGCACUCCGUGUCCUCGUCGCUUUGGCCGUGCGCGGAAGGCACAGUGGAGCGGGCAGGCACCGGUCGUCCGGAUCUGCGCUGUCCGCGCGAGCGGCGCCACGCCAGCGAGCCGACCACGAUUUUAUGGGAGAAUUCAGACAGCGACGACCGUACCUGCAUGAGCGGGCUCGUGCUCAUGCGCGAGGUUUUUCUGGCUGGAUGCGGCCGGACCGCCAAUUCGCGAAACAAGCGGGGCAAGCGCUGUACUGCUGUCCGCCUGUCCCCGACGCGGGCUGUCUCAGUGCACUGCUCAGCACAGCAGGAGUGCAGUGAGCCUCUGAGCCAGCAAGUGAGACAGUGACCCCCAUGAGAACGAUGCUCGCGUGCAAGUGCACUGUACCCGGCGUAGGCGUAGCGUUGACGUUUCGGCUGGGCAUUCUCAGGUUCGCCUCGCCUGUCACGGAGGGCAUAGGUCAGCUCACUCAUACGGCCGUACGUAGGUUUUACUGAAGAACACGCAAAAGUCGAGAGGAUCGUAGGGCCAAAUGUGAAGAAGCAACACUGCAACAGCGAAUAUAGGAACUGGUGGAAAGAAAGUCACAAGAGUGCCAAUGUAGGCAGCUAUCAGCUUGCCCAAGGCCCAAGGUGAAGGUUUUCCAUGCAUACUGGUUUGGCGGUGAUUAUACGGAGGCUGCAUAUUUUGCAUGUCUGCAUGACUGCAUAUUUUGCUUUAGCGCUGAGAUAAAACCAUAAACGACCCCAUAUGAAUAUGAGAGACAAAAGCUAAAAUUUAUCCCGGCCACCAUGUUAAAGAACGAGCUGUUUGCGUUCUCGCUCACAGUGCAUGUAAAUAAAUAGAAAGGCAAAGGCACUGUAUGUACACCAUCGUGGACUCGUGGUUUCGACGUGAAGUCUCAAGAAAGACACCAAACUUAAAACAGGUCGAGAAAAAAUCGUCACAGCUGACAAGGGAAAAACACACACAGAUCAACCCAAGCACAAACGUGCACACCAUGAUCUGGAAACCGUGAGAUUAUCCACAGCCCUCUGCAAGCUGGGAGUAAUAUAGUACUACGUACGAAGGAAAUGAUUGCAGGCGAGGGAGCAAAAACUACUCGCUCUCUCCUUCGGUUCCAAAAUAGAUAACGUUUUUUUAUUUUUAGAUACCAUAUUUAGCUACUUAUAUUGUUUUUUUAUAAAUAAUAAAUUAAAUAAAUCUAUGUAUAGUAAUAAAAUAAGUCGUAAUAAAAUAAAUAAUACCUAUGUAAAAAAACUUGAAUAAGAUGAAUAGCCAAACAAGAUGUCUAGAAUUCAAAAAAUCUCACUGAACGAGAGAGCAAGAGCAAGAAGAUGAUUGCUUGCUGCAACUGGGGAGUAAUAAGUAAUGUGAGCGAGAAUGCGAGAUCGAAUGCCUGGCCUGCCCUUGUAUGCCGCGACGCCGAUACGUGUAGGCCGCCGGUUACCGCCGCGGAAUUUCGACGCCGCUGUUCUCCUCCUCCGUUCUUCGGUGAUGGAAAGACGGAGCUGCCGGCAAUGGCGGAGACGGCGAAGGAACCGUAGCUUCCGGCUUGACUUGCAUCGUCGUGCCUAGCUCGGUGCCUGGGCCUUGCGACGAGGGGUGGAGGGAGAGGUGCGCACUGGGCCGUGGAGAAGGGAGGGAGAGUCGGAGAGAAGGGACGAUAUAUGAUACAGCUCAGUAGCAGUAGCCCAGUAGGGGAGCAGCAGCAAG